AUGAACCUGCGUGGUGUGAAACGUUAUAAAGACCGGCGUGAUAUAAGUCCCGAUCUAUCUAAGGGACUAUUACGGUUUGAGAGCGAAAACGUAGAUUUUCUCACUUCGCACUUUCUUGAUGAAAACACUGAUGCAAGGGGUGGAGGAUUAACUGCACGGAAAAAGAUGGAAAUUUUUCUGAGAUACGUUAGUGAUCCAGGAUUCCAAAAUGGUGUUGCCAACGACAUGGGGGUUGAAAGAAGUACCGUCAGCAGAACAUUUUCAAGUUUAUUGGAUAAAAUAGUGUCGAAGUCUGAAGAUUGGAUUAAAUUUCCACGCACUAUUGAAGAUAUGGAUCAGGCCAAGGCAGAUUGGGCUUCAAAAUUUCGCAUUCCGACUGUCAUUGGUGCUAUAGAUUGCACUCACGUGCAUAUUAUGAAACCUUCGGAAUUCGGCGACGAGUAUGUGAACAGAAAAGGAAAAACAACAAUAAACAUUCAGAUGACUUGUGACGCUAAUGAAAAAAUUACAAGUGUGGACGCUCAAUGGCCAGGGAGUGUACAUGAUGGCAGGAUUUGGCGAGUGAGUGGAAUUCAGGACGUGGUGCGCCGAUAUGAUGGUGAUGUUUGUCUCCUUGGUGAUAGCGGAUAUGGAAUUACUCCUUGGUUACUGACUCCUUUUGACGAACCAAGAAAUGCUCGUGAGCGGAAUUACAAUUCGACCCAUGCUCAGGAAAGAGUAAUAAUAAUUGAACGAGUUUUUGGCCAGAUGAAACGUCGUUUUCCCAUACUCUCGAGCCAAGUUAGAAUAGCAGUCAAAAAUGUUCCCAAUUUGGUAAUAAGUUGUGCAGUGCUUCACAAUGUAGCAAAACAUUUGAAUGAUCCUUGGGAAGUGGAAGACGGAAUCGAAAAUGGUGUGGCUGAAGAAAAUGUAUCUCUAUAUAAUUUAGAUCGGAAUGAAGUUAUAAAUAGACGACAUGGUCAGCAAAAACGAUUCGAAAUUAGUAAUAAUCUGAUGAUGUAA